UUGCUGGGCUCAGCCCACUUCAAAAUACAUUCUUAGCAUUCUCGUUGUCAAACAUUCCCAGAUUUCCUCUCGGUCGUUCUAUCACCAAGAGCUAUUUCUCCUUUGUUUUAUCCAGCGUGUGUUUUAUGGACGGUGGCUUAUUUACAUAACUUCAAAUGAGCGGAAAGCGGCUUAAGCCGUUUUCUUUCGACGCUACUUUUGUAGACAAAAGUGGAAAGAAAUCGAGGAAAACUUUUUCGCUAACGGCGGAAUCCACGCUUCGUACCCCACGAACCUGUUCAGUUGAAAAUGAACAACCUGAGAUCGUCGAACCUUUCUCGUUUGAGGAGUUUAGUGAGAGCGGUUCUGGUCUAUCUUCGUACGAGAAAAGACAUAUCGCCAACAUCCAGAAAUGGGACAACAUAAGAAGACAGUUGUUUGAUUCUUAUGUGGAGGAAUGCUGUUUUCCGACUGACACAACAUGUGUUUACUGCCUCCAAGAACCAGCAACACUGCGAUGUCAAUAUUGUGGCCCCAAGCAGUACUUCUGCCUUGAAUGUGCUAAUAUUUUGCACAGUGUGAGGAACCAUUUUCAUGUUUUGGAAAAAUGGAAGGAGGGGAUGUUCACCCCUUAUGUGGUCAACGGAUUACCAUUAGGUUUCCAAUGCAACUGUGGAUCUGCUGAAGCAAGAGACAUUGUGUGUAUUGAUGAGCACGGCAAUCAGUAUUCAAAAAAAGUUUGGUUUUGUAACUGCUAUCACCCAACCACAACACUAAUAAAGAACAACUUGUGGCCAGCAUCUCCUGAUAAACCUGCCACAGCCUUCACAUUUUAUUUAAUGGAUCUGAUGGAAACAGUGUUCUUGCACUGCAAAGUUUCCCUCAGAGAAUUUUGUGAAGCCGUUGAACUGUUAAGGCCCUCGUUACAACCAAGAAUGGUUUUUUCAAUAUAUCAACUCCUAAAUCAAGCAUCUUUUGAAGAGUACAGGUACUUCAAGUAUCAAAUUAAGAAAAUGACUCAGUGCUUCCCAGACCUCUGGAAUGGUACAGUUUGUCCGCUUUGUCCAAAGGAAAAUGGAAUUUUGAUAGAGAGCAUGGAUGCAUGCUUUGGUCUUUCCAGGAAGAAAUGCCAGGGACUGAAAUCAAUAGGAGUUCCAAAACAUGGACAGCUGAUGUUUGCAGACCAAGAUGAUGUUGACAAUUUUGUAAAUGGCUACUGUGAACGUGCUUCUGAGGUUUCAAAGGACUGCAGCUCAUUUCAUGCUGGUGAACUUGCAAGCUCCAUUAGAUCAAAAGGAAAGAAUAAACUUUUUGAUGAGAAAGGAGUCUUUGGUCGUGUCUGCAGACAUGACUUCCCCAAAGGAUUUCAUAGCAUCAAACAUGGUGAAAGGUGCAUUUCAGUAAUUAAUAAUUAUUAUGUAAUAGCAAUGGACAAAUGCAUUGGCUAUCUAGCUGUUAUCCUUGAAGUGUUGUCAUUACUCUUAUUAUCUUGA